CCAACACAAGACCAAGAACUGUGAGCGCGGCUCGACAGUUGGAACUAUGUUCCUACCUAAAUAGUUAAAUUCUAGGUACGAACCUCAGGUCAACUAGAAUUUAAUGAUAUAUGGAUCUUGGCCCAUUAAGAGAAUCUCUAGGAGAAUCUCCGAAUCAACAUUGAGGGUUGUUGGUUUGUUAAAAUAGAAUAUCAUUUCUGUGUCCUGUCUUGACAAAGCAGGAUUUUCUAUUAACGUCAAAGACAAGUGCCUUUCGGUUUUCAGAAAUGAUAUUUACUAUGCAACUGCUAAGAUGACCAAUGGUCUUUAUAUCUUAGACUUAGACGCCACUGUUUAUAACGUAGAUGUUAAGAGAAGCAAACCAAACAGUUUGAAUCUCACAUACCUUUGGCAUUGUCGUUUGGGCCACAUUAACGAGAAACGCAUAUCUAAGUUACGUCACUCUGGCGUACUUGAUUGAUUUGACCUCGAGUCUUUUGAUGUAUGCCAAUCUUGUUUACUCGGUAAAAUGACAAAGGCUCCAUUCACCGGUCACGGUGAAAGGGCGAGUGAUGUAUUAGGCCUCAUACACUCUGAUGUAUGUGGCCCAAUCAACACUGAAGCUAGAGGUGGUUUAUCAUACUUCGUAACAUUUACUGAUGACCUCAGUCGGUAUGGAUAUGUGUACCUCAUGAAACACAAAUCGGAAUGCUUUGACAAGUUCAAAGAAUUCAGAAACGAAGUAGAGAAACAAUUAGGCAAAAGUAUCAAGAUCUUCCGCUCGGAUCGAGGAGAGUCCUUUUGGGGAAAAGCACUAUUAACUGCCGCACACACGCUCAAUCGCAUACCAUCUAAGGCUGUUGAGAGCACACCAUACGAGCUAUGGCGUGGGACAAAACCAAAUUUGUCGUACUUGAGAAUUUGGGGUUGUGAUGUUUACGUUAGACGCCUCAUGACGUCUGGUAAGGUGGAUUCCAAAUCUGACAGGUGUAAAUUUGUGGGAUACCCUAAGGAAACGAAAGGGUAUGAGUUCUAUCAUCCGACAGAUAACAAAAUCUUUGUUGCUCGGAAUGGAACCUUCCUUGAGAAGGAGUUUCUCUCUACUAUUUCUAGUGGGAGAAAGGUAGACCUAGAAGAAAUUCGAGAACCACAAGAAGAGAUCUCAAUAGUAGUGGAACCCGAGCGUCAAGAUUUAGUAUCUCGACCAGCUCAGGUUUUACCACGUAGGUCAGACCGGAUGCGUAAUCCUCCGGUUAGAUACGGGUUCCUUGUAUCUGAUGAAGGCGACGUCUUGCUGGUAGACCAAGGCGAACCUGAGACCUACCUCGAGGCAAUCACGUGCCCCGAAUCCGAACAAUGGCUUAAUGCCAUGGAAUCCAAAAUGGAGUCUAUGUACACAAACCAAACUUGGUUGAGCGAGAACUUCGCCAUGAAGGACUUGGGGAAUGCUAGUUAUGCCCUUGGCAUAAGAAUCUACCGUGAUAGGUCAAGAAAGUUGAUAGGUCUAUGUCAAAGUACAUAUAUAGAUAAGGUCCUUGAUCGAUUUAGCAUGUCUAACUCGAAAAAGGGAACCUUACCUAUGUUACCUGGCACGGCUCUUUCCAAGAGCCAGAGUCCUUCUACUCCCGAGCAGAAGGAACUCAUGAUGAAGGACACAACUGCCGAUUCAACUACAGAGGCUGAGUACAUGGCUGCCGCUGAAGCAGCAAAGGAAGGUGUUUGGAUAAAGAAGUUCAUUUCUGAACUUGGAGUGGUUCCUAGCAUUAAUGACUCAAUCCUGUUGUUCUGCGACAACACUGGGGCCAUUGCACAGGCAAAGGAACCACGAUCUCACCAAAAGACCAAGCACAUUGUACGACGUUAUCACAUCAUACGAGAAAUCAUAGACAGAGGUGAUGUAGAGAUUUGCAAAGUAGGAACAGACGACAACAUUGCCGACCCCCUGACCAAGCCCUUGGGAAAGCUAAAGCAUGAGGGUCACACUAGGUCAAUGGGCAUUCGACCGAUGCCAGAUUCGCCAUAGUGCAAGUGGGAAAUUGUUGGAGUUGGUGCCCUUAUGGCCAACUGCUGUUGAAAUAUCUUAGAUAUUUUCUAUCAUAUUAAAUAAUGGAUCUUCACCCUCUACUCACUUCAGUUGUUCGGCCAAGAGAAGAGAGGAGCAGCAUAAUAUUUGAGUUCCAAAAGUUAUUAUUUUGGGUGUAGAAAAUUGUUAUAAUAUUUUCUCCAAAAUAUUAUUGAUAUAUUUUAUACUAUUUAAUAUACAAGAUUUAUAUUAUCCCUAAAAUAAUCUUUAUAUUAAAUAUACUAUUAUAAUCUUUACUAGCAUAAAGAUUAUAGUAGACUCCGGAGAUUGUUCGUGUGUCAAAGUUGGAGGCCGGACGCUUGAACGGCUACGUU